AUGGCUGUGUUGGAUGACUCAAUGGGGUGUAUGCUGGGGCAGCAUGGCGAGUCCGAAAAGAGGGAACAAGCCGUCUACUAUUUGAGCAAGAAGUUCACCGCAUGUGAGAUGAAUUACUCUCUGGUUGAAAGGACAUGCUGUGCCUUGGUGUGGGCAGCCCAUCGUCUAAGACAGUACAUGCUAAGCCAUACCACCUGGUUGGUAUCCAAGAUGGACCCAGUCAAGUACAUUUUCGAAAAGCCCGCUCUCACCGGACGGAUCGCCCAGUGGCAGGUUCUGCUGUCAAAGUUUGACAUUGUUUAUGUCACCCAAAAGGCGAUAAAGGGAAGCGCCUUGGCGGAUUACCUAGCUCAACAACCCAUUAAUGAUUACCAGCCUAUGCAUCUGAAGUUCCCAGAUGAGGACAUCAUGACCUUGUUCGAGGAGGAGGUGGAGGAUGAAGAUAGGAACAAAUGGAUAGUGUGGUUCAACGGUGCAUCCAACGCACUGGGCCAUGGAGUAGGGGCGGUGUUGCUUACCCCUGAAAAUCAAUGCAUACCCUUCACGGCUAGGUUAGGCUUUGACUGCACGAAUAACAUGGCUGAGUAUGAGGAAUACGCCUUUGGGAUCCAAGCAGCAAUCAACUUCAAGGUCAAGCUGCUCAAAGCCUACAUCAAGAAGCUGAGAGAGUUCUUCGCCGACAUUUCCUUCCAUCACAUUCCUAGGGAGGAGAAUCAAAUGGCCGAUGCACUUGCCACUUUGGCAUCCAUGUUUCAGCUGACCCCGCAUAGGGACUUGCCGUACAUUGAGUUCAGAUGUCGCGGCAAGCCCGCACAUUGUUGCGUAAUAGAAGAAGAGCAAAAUGGUAAACCUUGGUACUUUGACAUCAAGCGAUACAUCGAAGACAAGGAGUACCCACAGGGGGCUUCCGACAAUGACAGGUGGACAUUGAGAAGGUUAGCAGCCAGUUUCUUCCUAAGCGGAGGCAUAUUGUAUAAGAGAAACCAUUAUAUGGUACUGCUCCGAUGUGUGGAUGCUAGGGAGGCUGAGCAAAUGCUCGUAGAGGUGCAUGAGGGAUCCUUCGGGACACACGCCAAUGGACAUGCCAUGGCCCGGAAGAUUCUAAGGGCGGGAUAUUACUAG